GAGAGAGAGAGAGAGAGGAGAGAGAGAGAGAGAGAGAGAGAGAGAGAGAGAGAAAGGAAGGAAGGGAGGAGGGAGAAAGUCGACAUCUCUUACAUUACUCUAAUUCUCUCUUGAAUUGAACAGAAAUUUCCAAGAAAACUUCUAUACUGUGUCGGAUUGUGGGGACUGUGGGAAAUCAUAAUUGAAAUCGAAGAAGAGGGUAAAUCCUCGUUCAGAUUUCCGAUACGAGUAUCCUGUAUAUGCCCUACAUAUUCCUGUGAGGGCUAUGAGGCCUAUGAGUGUGCGUGUGUAGACUGUUCUAACUAUGUAGUCGCGUGUCGUCCCGACUCCCGACUGUCUCAAGCACCGAGGCCACCAAGUUUGACCACUCUGACAGUCCUUUCAAGAUGGAGAGGAAGCACUAUCGCGGCUGCUCUCGCACAAGGUAGUUGUUGUUGCUGUUGUAAACAUAAACGAUCAAAGGCGUCGUGAUUCCGCUAGUGUGAUGUCCGCGUGAUCGAGAUCGUCAAAAGAACGUGCAAUGGCGAAAUCCGUGUUAAGUUCGGAUACAUUGCCAAAGGCGGGUCGUGUAAACGAAGUAUGCCGCGAAUGGUUGGUACACGAGGAUGGUGCAUUGGCCUAUCGACUUCAAGAUGAAGAAAUUAAGGAACAUUAUACAAGCAACAAAACACGUAAUGCCCAAGUGAGAGAAGAUUUGCCACGAGCCAAAGUUGAACAGGAAUUGGAAGCGCUGAGAUAUCAAAGUUACAUUCAACAACAGGAAGAGAGGGAUGCUCUUGUUGCGAGGCAAAUUGCACUUUCUCUGGAGCGAGAGGAGAGACAAAGAGAACGCGAACUGCAAGAAAUGAUGAGAUUACAAUUAAGAUUGGGAGAUGAAGCUAUGCAACAAGAGUUUGAAAAGCGUAUGCAAGAAGAAAAAGAUGAGGAAUUGGCGAAAAAGCUGCAGCGAGAAGAAGAUCACAACGAUCCAGAAGACGAGCAAUUAAUGCUGGAUCAAAAAUUGGCGAUGGAGGCUCAGGAUGCUGAACUGGCGCGAAUGCUUCAGGAAAAAGAGCGUGCAAAAGCUCGUAAAGCACGAGAAAGAGCGAAGCAGAGGAAGCUAGAACGAGAACGUUUGCAGCAACAAGCGGAUGAACAGAAUCUUACGGAACGACCUCAAAGGCCAGACAAACUGGACUUGAAGUCUCCAUUAAUCAAGAGUCGAGUUCGUUAUCCUAUCAAUUAUUCUCAGUAUUCGGAUCCCGAAGAAAUCCAAACGUUGGACAAUCCUGCUGACGACAUGCGACAAAUGGCAAACGUCGCGACAAUUAUCGAUCCCACAUAUAACAUGCAUCGAGAUACUUCAAGCAGCUCGAACAGCACAAUAAGUCCCACUUAUGUUUUGCCCACGCCACCGCAGGAACUAAUGACGGAUGAUGUACCAUGUUAUAUGCCAAUUCAAGGUCAGCGACGAAAUCAGGUUCAAUCACCAUCUAACACUCAUGAGGAGAAACAGAAGCGGCGAGUUAAAGAUGGAUGUAAGCAUCAGUAAAAGAUACAUUUUAAACAUUGAGAAGGAUCCAUAUUUUAUAAAAGAUUCAUUUUUUAAUGCUAUCAAAUAAUAACAUGAAUUAAUAAACCGUAUUCUAAGGUUUGUUUAUAUGAAGUUGAAAUUUUGUUACAUAUUAAGUAAUAUUAAUAAUAUACAUUUGAUACGUGCGCGCGCGAUCUAUUUUAGAAUUUUACGAUUCUUUCUUUAUAUUAAUUGGAUGUAUUGCCAUAUGUUAUGCUAUAAUGUAAAUCAAUACUGCCAUACAUUGCGCGAAGUACAAUGUGCCUUUUAAGGGGCAUUUAAAGAAAUCUAACAGCCUUGAAAAAUUAACGAAUUAUUCGCCAGUAAGAUAAGAUUAUAAUUGCUGAUAUCCGAAUGGAUAAAUUGUACCGUCCUCAAUUUUCUUUUUAUAUUUCUUGAUGGCUAUACAUAUACUCUGGUAUAUAUAUAAAAUACAAAUACACACACACACACACAAAGUAUAAAGACACUUGUAUAUAAAUAUUUUUUAAUAUUAACACGUUUGUCAGUGUCAAAAUUUUUGAAUUAAAUUUUUAUAUAGAAUAAGAGCAAAAAAUAUCUUAGAUAAUCAGAGAAACGAUCUGUAAAAGACAUAUUUUUCAACAUGAUACAUUUGUAUGUAACGAGUAAGUAAUGUACAAUAUUUAUUGAUUGAAAGACAGGAAUUUAUCGAUUUAGUAAAUUUCACAAUUGACGUAGAUGGGCUAUACAAGACGUUAUUGAAACGUAUGAGCAAAUUGUGACAAAAAGAUUAAGCAACUGUAGAAACUUUUUUUUUAUAAAUCAUGUUUUAAAUAAUUACAAUAAAAAAGACUCACAUUCUCAAGACCCAAAUAAGACUCUUGUAAGCAUGCAUUUCCGCUACACAUCGUUCAACGCCAGAAGAAUUUUCCAUAACAUGCUUAAUUUAAUAAUAAAUUGCAAUUACUUAAAACUUUUUUAUAGUUAAUAAGAUAGAACAUAAAAAAAUGACAACACACUGCCAAAGAUAACACUUUUAAUGCUGGCUUUUAGGAAGUGUUGAGAUGAUAAA